AUGGCCUCCGGUUUUGGGAUUGUGGAGAUCACCGGCCUCACAAAGCUGACGUGGGAGCUAUACAGCCAGUGUCGCCUCGUCUCCCAAGAUGCCCCCGAUGAAUUCCAAAACCUAGUGACCGGGUUGGGGUCUCUGCAGGGCACUCUGCGCGCGCUUGGCGACGAUGUACACUCCAACAGAUUCUUCUUCGUGAAAAUGCACGACGACCGAAAACGUACCCUGGAGCAGUGUUUGGAGGUGUGCUCCAAAACUCUGCUGCUGCUGAAAGAAAUUUUAGCCCGAUAUCGCUCGCGCGGAAUUGGCGAUGGAGCACAGUUCUGGCAGAGAGUCCCGUGGGUGACCCAGUGUUCCCAAAUCGAAGAGAUAAGAUCCACAAUUAUGCUGCAAACUUAUAACUUGACACUCUGCAUGAGUGACGCCGAAGAUGAUUCUUUGACUCAUUCGGAACGGUCAACGCUUCAAACAAUGGACGAAGAUGAGCUGGCGAUGUUACCUGCUGAGCUUCCAGCCGGUCCAGAUGUGGAACUCAAACCAUCACCCUUGAGCCUUCGCAGUGUAGUCUCGGGAGACUAUGAGAAAGGGGGCAGGGCCGAAAUUCGCGACAUCCCUACCAACAUAUCUGGUCCACGCACUCACAGGUUCUCUGCCAGUGGCCCGAGAGACAUCUCAAUAUCGUCAGGAUCUGUCACCUCCGGUUCUGAUGCAUCGCUGUAUAGUGGGACUGCUCCUACAUCUCCACGGUCUUUGAACACCACACGCUCCGUGACCAGCAGCAUGAUGAACGCAUUCAGCGUCCAUCCUGGGACGCGCUGCGACGUACCAGAUGGCGCAAUCGAUGGUCGAACUGUGGACGGGGGCAAUUGGGGAAGUAACUUCGAAAAACAGAGCAUAGGCCGACCCAGCCAGUCCUCAAACACUGACCUUCAACGCGAUGUCAUGGAUGCAGUCACCAAUGCAAUGCAGGAGCUGCGCCAGGUUCGAUUGUCAGAGCAGCUCUCACGCCCUGUCCGGUAUGAGGCGCCAGACAAACUUCAUAGACCAGAUCGCGAGGUUUUGGUGAAAUUCGAAAACUCGGCCAAUAAUGAGCUUCACAUCAGGAGCCUAGACACUCAAGAUUGGCUUCGUGUUGCAACAUGGUGGUUAUUAAAGGCGCGUGCGACUCUAACCAACUGCAACAGGCACGUCUUUGCUACUGCUCGAGGGAGUACAAGCCUAUCCACGGAUUCAAAGUCUACCAGCCACCAGGCGUAUACGGACCUUCUGAAGGCAUCUUAUAUUCUGUACGACAUUGUGUUAAAGGACGAGGACUCGUCAAUUCUUCUGACAGACGAGAACCGGAAAUCAGUCGUAGACCUUUCCGAGGGCAUCAUCGAAGAGCUAUCUCAAUAUACAUCAAUUGAUAUCCCGGAAACAUCCGAUCUCUGCUCACAGAACCUGGAUAUUUGGGAGCCGUUGCAACCUGAAGAAGCCACAGAGAAUGGGGGUGGCUUCUCCUUCAGGCGAGAGAAUGCACGCUGGAUAACGGUUGAUAAGGAUGAUGCUGGCGAGGAAGACGAAAGGGUCCUCUUCCGCACCUUUGUCAACGCCGGAAUUGGCAGCAAGAAAUUUCGCAUGCGAACCAAAGGCGCUCCAUACAUGCUCCUUCUGGUAACCAAAGAUGGCGAAAGUGAGCCGAAGAUCAUUUUGUGCAACCAGAGUGGCAAGUUGUGUCUUCAGCGAGAUUUCGUGCCGAAUGACUUGCCGCCACUUAUUGCCCUGUCUAAUCAAGCCAUGAACGGGUUUCAGGGAGUGCGAAUUUCAGAACCCUUGCCCUUCAAGUUCGGCAAGACGAGUGUCUCCAUUUCGUUCCAGUUCGAGACUGAACUUAGCCACUUUAUCAACAUUCCCAAAUCCUACUUCGAAGCAGUGCGCCAGAGAGAACCAAUUGAUUCCAAUACAUUUAACGAGAGCAUUAUCUUCAAAACCUCCGUCGAGACCUUCGAACAGCUGAAGACCCCACAUAUGAAGUCUAUGAAUCCGUCCGUUAUAUGGAAAUCAUGCGAGAUUCGCAUUAUGGAACGGUCCUAUGGCGACGCCUGGCGGUCUACUCGGAGACUGGUUAUCAGCUCCUCAGCUGCGGAGAAAAAUCCCGGAUGCAUGGAAUUUUUCAUGCCCUUGAGCCGUGUCCAAGUUUGCCGCGAGGAUGUAUCACGGCAAGUCCUAUUAAGAUGGUCGGAUACCUGCCAGGAACGACUAGACAAAACUGAUGGGAGUUACAACACCUUGCACUCGUACGUGUACGAUGCCGAUACGCCGAAUAUUGGAGUUGGUCUGCGUUUCCGUACACAGCAAAGUGCGGAAAACUUUGAAAAGGCUAUACUGUAUUUGGAUUUCCCCACAGAAUUUGCUUGGUCUCAGCCCAGCAGCUCCGGCUGUGUCUACGACGUUGUCGACACUGGGAAGGAGCACAAACAAUACAAAGCUGUGGCAUUGUUUCAAACUAAGUUCUCUUGGCGAUACUCGGAAUUCUACUUUAUCUUCCGCGACACAGACUACGAAUACGAACAUGCUUCUCUCACUGUGCGGUUCUCACGGAUCUCCUAUACGGAUUAUAUCUCCACCCAUGUUGACAGGCUCUACCAUGCCGAAAGUCCGGUGAACUUCUCUCACUGUGAAAGAAAGACCGGCACAAUUGUCAUCGAAUUCGACAACCAGCCCGUAUCGCGUUCCUUCCUCAGUGCCCUUUCUCCAUUCUAUGAUCUGCUCUUCUCUCGUCAUGCGCUAUCAAUAUCUACUAAGGGCAAAUCGCUCUUCGGAUCGAAAAAGUCUAGCAAGGGCGGUGCUGAAGUUCAGGUUUGGCGCCGGGGAAAUUCGAUCCAGCUCGCUGCACGUUGGAAUGGAAGUGUCCAGGACAAUUGGCUAACUGCUUCCGUCUCGACUACUGGUUCUGAUUCUUCAAAAGAGAGUACGCGGGUCAAUUUCCCGCGCUUGCCAUUCUUCCGUGGACCUUCGCUUGACAUGACAAACAUUAUCGCUCGCGGGCCUAGGUCGACAACUGAUGGCCAACGGGAGGGCCCUAUAUCUAUUUUGUUUCAGAAUACUAGAGAUCGGCAAGAGUUCCUUGAUGCCUUGAAGGGGAACCACUUCGCUUCAUUUGUAUAG